AUGGCCAAUAGACCACUUCCAAAUGACGAAGAUCACCCUCCUAGCUACGUUGAUACGGUAAAAGAUGACCAAUCGAUGGUUGUACCUAUAGCACAACCAUCUUCAUCGGAAAAAGAGAUGCAAGAAGUUACUCCAUGUAGCCCAACUAUGGAUACAGUAAAAGAACAAUCGCCACAGACUGUACCUAUGCCGAUGCCGAUGCCUAUGCCUAUGCCUAUGCAAGGAGUGGAUGUCGGUCAAUCGCCUUUACCACCACCGAUUUUACAGCAGCCAGGAGGUGCUAUGCCUGUACCUCCACCAAUAUCUCAACAACCAAUUGCUGGCCCAGGAGGACCAGAUCCUGCUACUCAAUCGUACUUUCCACAGUCGCUUCAGUGGAUGCAAGUUCCUGCCCCUAAUACUGUCUCCAAUGAUUGUUCGCCAGGACUUGAACGCCUAUUCCAGCUUAGUCAAGUAAUAAUUUGUCCCGACAUACAACAGCAAGAACUAUUCAUGCCGAUGUUCCGAAGUAAAUACCAGGUAAAAAACAACGCUGGUCAAUUGAUCUAUUAUGCGAUUGAAGAUAAUGUAACAACAGCGAUAAAUAUGUAUGGCUACGAUCUAGCUGAAAUAGCCCUUUACGAUAGCAUGGAAAGGAAAGUUAUGCAACUAUCUCGCGCCCUAUCCGGCGAAGUAUCUGGCUGUUUGAGUGCUAUUUUAUAUAAAUUAAAUGUUGCUUGCCCUCCGGAAAAUAUAAUUGGCAGCGUAGUCCAAACAUCUAUAUUCGGCCCAAAGCAUGCUGUAACCUCCCCAAACGGCGUAACUGAAUUAGCAAUCAACGGCCCUGGUCACUGCUGUGCAAUUCGUGCGGCGGAAGGCUAUCUAAAUUUUCCGAUCAUUUCUAAAAGCGGCAAAGUUAUUGGCAAUGUUGCGAAACACUUACCUAAUAUGGGAAACUUACAAUGCAAUAUGGAAGUUAAUUGUACGUAA